ACUGUUUAGAGACACCCAUUUCGGAUGUGCGUUUCCUUCUCAGAAACCCUACCUGGGGUGUAAGUGGGAAUCCCUGGUCCCGGAUCCACUCCGGCUUUUCAGUCCUGCUCCCGGCCACCUUUAUCCGAGGCACUAUGUGUUUCUGUGUGAGAGAAGCCGACUCUUGUUUACAGCAGAGAUUCCACGGCGGAGCGGAGACCCACAGCCUGCGUUGACCGAGGGCGAACCGUAGAAUUCCACAGCCUCCGGAAAUACACGCAACGGUAGUUUUUGUUUCCUGUCUUUUAUGAGGAUUAAAAGGCAAAAAACACUAAACACGCGUAAAGGGCAGGUCCUUGUGGACACAUUCUCCCUCCCUCCCCGGCCGAGGUCGUCUAGCUGGAGAGCUGGAGAGCCCCAUUCUCCUCUUGCGUGGCACAAGUCUGGUAUUUUCUUUCAGCUGCAAAUCCGACUGACGGCAGAGAUAAGUCCGACCCGAGGAGCUGGAAAAUUGGUUUAAAAAGCGACUUGUCACCGCGGGCCAGGACUGCUUGGUGGGGAUCGAGAGCCUGUGCUGGUUGAAUGGCAUAAUCAAAAAAGGUUUUUCAUUCAUUUUUCAACCUCGCAGCCACCACCCCUGUGAAUCUGGACGUGUUUUCUGGCCCCACUCCUCCUCCUCAUACACAGUCAUUCACACAGGGGGAUUCUUGCGAGCGACACUGGCGUUAAUUUAUCAUGGUGGCAAAGGCUUCUUCCACUAACAUUUAGUCUGGUAUCUUUUAUUUUUUUAAUUCUCCUACUACCAGGCCUGAUCGCACUGUACGCGCACUGCUGUUUUCAAGAGAUGGAGACUGAAGAUGGGGAUUACCAUCAUUUAUCCAGUAAAAUCACUGGCUUGUGUGCCAUACCAGCCGACGUCAAAGUAUCUUGUGAUUGGCAAAAAUAGCAGACUGUUUUAGUAUUUUUUUCUUCUUCAAAGGAAUUCCCUGUUAUAAGGGUUUGUGCACAGUUAUUUAUAUUUUUUAGAGCAAACCCUGGGAGCCACGCAUUUGCAGGCUACAUAGAGUAGCCUUUUUAAGGCUACAGACACAUUUAUUUUUCCUCUUUUUUCAUCUUAUUUUUUUCGGAGCCGGUGUGCACAACCUUUUAUUUUUUACUUUGAAUUUUAUUUUAUUUUUUGAAGAGGUGAAUAAUGCUAAGGAACAUGAGAUCUGACACACGGAUGGGUAGCCCGACCUUGUAUUGGGGUCUGAUGCUGUAUGUCUCCACUAUCUGCAUCUGGUCCACACAUGCAGAGAUCUGUGGCCCAAGCAUUGACAUUCGAAAUGAGAUCAGCGAGUUCAAGCGUCUGGAGAACUGCACGGUGGUCGAGGGCUACCUGCAGAUCCUCCUUAUCAACGACAAGACCAACAACAUCAACCAGGAGGUCUUCCGCUCCCUCAGCUUCCCAAAGCUGACCGUCAUCACCGACUACCUGCUGCUGUUUCGCGUCUCAGGCCUUGACAGCCUCAGCAUGCUCUUCCCCAACCUCAGUGUCAUCCGCGGGCGCAAUCUCUUCUACAACUACGCCCUGGUGAUCUACGAGAUGACCAGCCUGAAGGACAUCGGCCUGUACAAUCUGAGGAACAUCACCCGGGGAGCCAUGCGGAUUGAAAAGAACCCCGAGCUCUGCUACCUGGACUCGGUGGACUGGUCGCUUAUUAUGGAUGCUGAGUUCAACAACGUUAUCAAUGGGAAUAAGAAGGCAAAGGAAUGUGACAAUGUUUGCCCAGGCAUCAUGGAGGAUAAUCCUCUCUGUCAGAGGACGUCGUUCAAUGACAACUACGACUAUCGCUGCUGGACCUCCAACCAAUGCCAGAAAGUAUGCCCACAACACUGCAAGCUCGCCUGCACAGACAAGGGGGAGUGCUGCCACAGCCAGUGCCUGGGCAGCUGCACCGAACCCAACAAUGACAUGGCGUGCUCCGCCUGCCUCCACUAUUACCACGAGGGUCGCUGUGUGCCGGACUGUCCCCGGGACACUUACAAGUUUGAGGGCUGGCGCUGCAUCACCAUGGACCUGUGCUCCCAAGUGCACCUGCCCGGCGACACUCACUUCGUCAUCCACGGGGGAGAGUGCAUGCCCGACUGCCCCUCUGGCUUCACCCGCAACGAGACUAAUCGCAUGUUAUGCAAUGCCUGCAACGGCCCGUGUGAUAAGCCCUGCACAUCACCUGUCAUCGACUCUGUGGAUGCUGCUCAAUCCCUGAAGGACUGCACUGUCAUCGAAGGCAACCUGGACAUCAACAUCCGCCGUGGAAAUAACAUAGCGUCUGAGCUGGAGAGCUUCAUGGGAUUGAUUCAGAAAGUGACGGGCUAUGUGAAGAUUCGACACUCCCACGCACUUGGCUCGCUGUCCUUCCUCAAGAGCCUGCGUUACAUCAAUGGGCAGGAACUCAUCGACAACAUGUAUGCAUUCUCCGCCAUCAACAACCAGCACCUGCAGCAUCUGUGGGACUGGAAUCAGCACAACCUGACUAUUGGGAAUGGACGUCUUUUCUUCCGACUGAACCCCAAACUGUGCAUGUCUGAGAUCCACAAGAUGUGGGAAAAGACAGGCAUAACUGUGAGGCCAGAGGAGGGAGAUUUCCGUAACAACGGUGAAAGAGCCAGCUGUGAAAGCCAUAUCUUGAAGUUCAAGUCUAACAUCACAACGAGCCAUACGAUCAAGCUGUCUUGGGAGCGCUACCGGCCGCCGUACUACAGAGACCUCAUCAGCUUCAUAGUCUACUACAAGGAGUCCCCUUUCCAGAACAUCACAGAGUUUGACGGGCAGGAUGGCUGUGGCUCAAACAGCUGGCACAUGGUGGACGUGGAUCUCCCUCUGGAUAAAAUCAUUGACCCAAAAGUCACUCUUCAACACCUCAAGCCCUGGACCCAGUAUGCUAUUUUUGUGAAGGCCAUUACCCUGCAGGUGGAGGACAAACACAUUACUGGAGCAAAGAGUGAUAUAAUCUACAUUCGCACACGGCCAUCCCUGCCGUCUGUGCCCAAAGACGCCCGUGCAUAUGCCAACUCCUCGACCAAGCUAAUGGUGAAGUGGUCACCUCCAGUCUUUCCCAACGGCAAUCUGACCUACUACCUGGUCCGCUGGCAGCAGCAGCCUGAGGACAGGGAGCUGUACCAUCAUAACUACUGCUCCAAAGAGCUGAAGAUCCCGGUCCGUAUCCCAGCCACGGGGUUCACAGACAUGGAAGACAACACCAAGCCCACCAAGUCAGACCUGGCAGGGGCAGAGAAGGGCCCGUGUUGUGUUUGCCAGAAGACGCCUGAGGAGAAAGACCGGGAGAAGGAUGACCGCGUCUUCUUUAAAAUCUUUGAGAACUUCCUUCACAAUGCCAUCUUUCUGCCGAGACCUCCAGAUCGUCGACGUAGAGAUAUUUUUGGUGUGGCUAACAACACACUGCUGCCUGACGGUGUUGGUCGAGGGAACACCUCCAUGGGCCCGGGGGAUAACAGUACAGAUGGCAUUCCUCCUAUCAGAGAAUACCCCUUCUCAGAAGACAAGAGCUCAGUAGAAUAUUUAGAGAUCCCCACCCUGCGGCCCUUCACUGUCUACCGCAUCGACAUCCACGCCUGCAACGAAGAGGUGGGGCGCUGCAGCGCUGGAGCCUUCGUCUUCUCCAGGACCAAACCUGCAGUCAAAGCAGAUGACAUCCCUGGAAAGGUGAUCUUUGAGAGGAGUGAUAAGGUUGAAGGUUGUGUGGUGCUGCACUGGCCAGAGCCCGCCAUGCCCAACGGACUCAUCCUGAUGUAUGAGAUCAAGUUCCGUCUGGGGACUGAGCCUGAGAAACACGAGUGUGUGUCGCGGCAACAGUACCGGGAGCACAAAGGAGCUCGGCUGACCAACCUGGGCUCGGGGAAUUACUCUGCUCACGUACGUGCCACUUCGCUAGCGGGGAACGGCUCCUGGACGGAGAGCGUGUCCUUCUACGUGCCUCCACCCAAACGAGACGAUGGUGUUACGUUCUACUUGGUCAUCAUAAUUCCCAUCAUAGUGACACUUUUCAUUGCCAGCAUCACCACGAUUCUCUUCUUCGUCAACAAGAAGAGGAAUAGCGACAGAUUGGGGAAUGGAGUCCUUUAUGCGUCUGUCAACCCUGAGUACUUCAGUGCUGCUGAUAUGUAUGUCCCAGAUGAGUGGGAGGUGGCCAGGGAGAAGAUCACAAUGCACAAGGAGCUGGGCCAGGGCUCCUUUGGCAUGGUGUACGAAGGCAUUGCCAAAGGAGUGGUCAAGGACGAACCUGAAACACGGGUGGCCAUCAAGACGGUCAAUGAGUCGGCCAGCAUGAGGGAGCGCAUUGAGUUUUUGAAUGAAGCGUCUGUCAUGAAGGAGUUCAACUGUCACCAUGUGGUGCGUCUGCUGGGCGUGGUCUCUCAGGGACAGCCAACCUUGGUGAUUAUGGAGCUGAUGACCCGUGGAGAUCUCAAGAGCUACCUGCGGUCUCUACGCAAAGAAAAUGCCACGAGCCAGGUCCUACCCCCGCUCAAAAAGAUGAUCCAGAUGGCAGGGGAAAUUGCCGACGGCAUGUCGUACCUAAAUGCCAACAAAUUUGUCCACAGAGAUUUGGCUGCCAGGAACUGCAUGGUAGCUGAGGACUUCACUGUGAAGAUUGGAGAUUUUGGCAUGACCAGAGAUAUUUAUGAGACGGAUUACUACAGAAAAGGAGGGAAGGGCCUGCUGCCUGUCCGCUGGAUGUCUCCAGAGUCGCUGAAAGAUGGCGUGUUCACUACAAUGUCAGAUGUCUGGUCAUUUGGUGUCGUGCUAUGGGAGAUCGCCACCUUAGCAGAACAGCCUUACCAGGGCAUGUCCAAUGAACAAGUGCUGCGCUUCGUCAUGGAAGGAGGACUCUUGGACAAACCUGACAACUGCCCCGACAUGCUAUUCGAGCUGAUGAGGAUGUGCUGGCAGUAUAACCCCAAGAUGCGUCCGUCCUUCCUGGAGAUCAUCAGCAGCAUCAAAGAUGAACUAGAUCCUCCCUUCAGGGAAAUGAGCUUCUUCUACAGCGAGGAGAACAAGCCGCCGGACACCGAGGAGCUGGACAUGGAGGUAGAAAACAUGGAGAACAUUCCACUGGACCCUGCAUCCACCAGGCAGCCCUCUGCUGCCGCCGCCCCCUCGUCGGGGUGCACAGGAGGCACGCCGCCUCCUUCUACCCAGCAGUUAUCCCCCAUGCAAGGCCCAAGUACUCCAUUACUGGGACCUGUGUCUCCCUCCUCCCCGGGCCCGGUUGCCUCAGCGUUGGCGUCUCCAGGCCAAGCCUUGGACAAGCACUCAGGACAUGUUUCGGCCAACGGGCCCGUGGUGGUACUGCGGCCCAACUUUGAUGAGAUGCAACCCUAUGCACACAUGAACGGGGGCAGAAAGAACGAACGGGCGUUACCACUGCCCCAGUCGUCGGCCUGCUGAUAUCAGACCAGCCCCUUCUCCUCCUCUUACACAGGGUAACACAAACCUCUCCUCCAUCUCUUAAGGAGGGAUGGAUGAGGUAAGAAAUUAUUUUCUUCUACUGUGUGCCAGUAGAUGGUCUCUCCACUCCUUUAAGGUCAAACACAAACUGUAAAAACUGAGAAACAGUACAGAAACCUGCUAAAGCAUUUGGAGUUUGGUGGCUCAGACUCGACACUGGGGAACUCCUUCCUGUGCCGCCAGGAUUUCAGUCGUUGUUACAUAAGUCCUUUGAGAAGGAAAACACUAAAGGCAUGUAUCCUGACUUACAGAUUUAGACAUGAACUAAAGAAAAUCUUUUUUUUAGCAUAUCUGCCAGCAAAUCCAACAGAAGAGCACUUUUUUUCCUGAUGAUUUCAGAGGGGAUGUUGUGGAUAUCUGAGUGUGUAUUUAUACAAAACACGGGAUUCUCUCUAUAAUAUGGUAUAGCUCCAUUUCUAAAUGACUUUCCAUCAAAAUGACUUUGUUUGCAUGAGCAGACGGGCUCAUGUCACGUGAGGAUGCCUCUAUGAGAAAGUCUGGACUAAGAUCAGUGUUUCAUUUUACUGUUGAUAUUUCUAUGAUCCCCGUCAGGAGCGGGUCAAAAUGGAAGAGGAGGGCCUAUUGUGUAUCUGCCAAACUAUUGCCAAAUCAAGCUUUUUCUUCAGUUUCAUACAGGUCUCCCUUCUUGUUUAAGGCUGUGAUUCAGAGUUCAGAUAAGUCUGUCUGGGAAAUAACACCAAAAUUGUUUGGUAGCACUCAGACUUCAUGCUUAUCUUUAGUACUAACUGCUCGUGGAGCAGCUGUGUGUGUAUGUGUGUGUGUGGAGGGGGGUUAUCACAGAACAGGAUACAGUGUACUGUUGAGAGAGGCCACAUUCACACCUGCAGUCAAAGUUUUAUGAUAAUGUGCAGCGUCUGCAUUGUGGGUGGAAUAAAUCUAGCAGGCCUUGUGAUACUUAGAGAAAUGCACCACAAAAUUUCUAUUAAAUGAUUUGCAUAUAGAGAGGCCGGCAGAAAAGCAGCAAUGUUUCAUUCAAGAUUUGAAGUAUAGGCCUCUUAAUCCAGUUUAAAGGUACAUUUUCCUCACAUCAACUGACACAGUAUCAGUAAAAACUAGGGGUGGGAAUCACCAGUAGAUCCACGAUAGGAUAUUAUCACGAUACAAUAUUAUUGCAAUUUUAAAUAUGUUGCAAUAUAUUGAAUAUUGUGAUUAAAAUAUAUUGCGAUAUACUGCGAUUUAUAACCUUUAUUCAACUGUAAUUAUGUCCCCAAAGGGAAACAUCUGUUUUAUCUAAUAAGAUAAAAUUUUCAGUCUGUUCAUCUCAU